AUGUACACCAGCCAUCCGCAGCACUCGAGCUCGGGACCCAUGCGUUCGCACAAGCCGGGCGACGAUAGAGAUAGAAAGGGCCCCAUUGCCGCCCCCGUCAAGAGCGCCUGCACCUUUUGCCGCUCCAGAAAGUCGAGAUGCGACGGCAACAAGCCCUGCGGCACCUGCAUCGGCCGCGGACGUACAGACGACUGCGUUUACACCGUGUCGCGCCGCGGCGGAAAGCCAAAGCAGAAGCAGGACCCCACCGCAGAGGUCCAGUCCCACCUCAGCAGGCUCUUCCACCUUACCGACAUGCCCUACGCCUUCCGUCGCCCCGGAGGCAUGUCUGGCACCGUCAACGAACCCGGCUAUCAGUCCGACGUGCCCUUCUUCAGCGGCGCUCUCUCGCCUCCCCAGUUUCAACCGCCGUCGAACUUCAGCCAGACUGCCCAGUUCCCGCUCCAGCCCGGGUCGCAGCCCCCGCAGAUGCUGCAGUCUCAACAGCAGGGGCAGCAGCUGCAGCAGCCAUCCUUCGAUCUGCCACCGCAGCAGUCGUUCCAGCAACAUGCCCAGGUCCCGAACCAGGCGCAACAGCAGCAGCAACGACAGCAGCCCAAUCAGUCCCAGCAGAGCCAGGCGGGACAAGGCAUGUUUGGAGACCAGUCUGGCUUCUCGCAAGCGACGUCCGGCUUCGCCAGCGGCCAGAACGCGUUUGACGUCGGGCCGUCGGCUGGACAGAACGUGACCCUGGCGCCCACCUGGCAAGGGGCGGACUUCCUCAGCGGCCUGCAAUCGGGAGAUCGAUCCGCCAUCGCCAGCCAGGCGCAGAACGCGGGCUUCAGCGACAAGCCGGCGCCGUGGUCCUACAGCCAGCCUGCCGCCCCGCAGAACGCGACACGGGCACCGCAGCCGGCCGCGUCCGUGCGAUCCUCCCAGCCUCUGCCCGAGGAGUCGGUGGGCGUCAGAUCGCUGCUCAUCGACUACUACAAGUACCUCUACCGCUUCCUGCCCGUCAUCCCCGGCCCGCGGUACAUUGACAUCCUGUCGUCGGCCAUGCAGCCGGACUCGUCGUUUAUCCUGGCGCUCCAGUGCGUGCUGCCGCUCCUUCGCAACGAGGAGCAGCCGAUCGGCGCCUUCCACCACCUCGGCGGCGCCGGCCUCAGCUUCGGCACCGAGGAGAAGCGCCAGCACCUCAAGGAGCGUACCACGAUGAUGGAGCGCAAGGCCAACGAGGCCAUCGACCGCCUGCUCGAGCAGGCCGACUCGGACUCGAGCGGCGAAAAGUACCUCGAGCUCAUCCAGACGCUCUGCGUCAUGGUCGUCUACGAGUACGGCACCGGUCACGCCAUCAAGUCGAGGCUCAAGGCCGACCAGGCGCUCGGCCUGGCCAUGUCGCAGGGCCUCCACAAGCUCAAGCACCCUUCCGCCUCGGACGCCGACGCGGCGAGGUCGGCGCCCAGCAGCUUUGCCUCGACGUCGUCGGCCGGCACCCACUCGCUCCGCAAUCUCGGCGUCGACGCCGCCGCCAUCUACGAGAUGCGCAAGCGCUGCUGGUGGACGGUGUGGAGCCUCGUCCUCUGGUCGGCCUACAACACCGGUCGGAUCCCCACGAUCCGCGCCGACGACCCGCGCGUCCGCAGCGAGGUGCCGCAGGGUCAGGACCCCUCGGCCUGGACGUCCAACAUCUCGUCGCUGCAGGCGCUGCUGCUGGUCCAGGACCGCGUGCUCGCCCUGGCGCAGUCGAGCGGCUCGCAGGGCGAGGAGCCGCCCUACCGCCCGGGCUCGUCGCGCGGCGCCUCGACCUCUCCGAGGGCCGGCUUCUCGCCGGAAGGUGCCGGCAGCGUUUCGGCGGGCCAGUCUCCGUUUGGCUUUGGCCGGCUGGCGUCGAACCGCUCCGAGUCGGACGGCAGCGGUGAAGAGGUGCCCAGCACGUUUUCGACGCUGCCCUCGCACGCCUCUCGGCAGGAGAUCCUCGACAGCAUGCAGGAGAUCGACGCGUUCCUGCAGGACCAGAUCCGCACCCUCGAGAAGCGCGGCGGCGUGCUAGGCACGGCAAAGCAGCCACCGGCCUCGGAUGACCUCGGCUCCGUCGAGCCCGAGCUGGAAGACUCGCUGAGGACGGCGGCCGCCGUGCAGCUCUACACGUCGUCGCUGACGCUGCACAUUGGCCAGGCAUUCCAGGGCGCUUCGCUCUUCGAGCGGAAGUUGUGCUUCCUCAACUCGAUCAACGACAACAACGACGCCGGCGCCUCGGGCGGCGUCUGCCGUGAGCCGAUGCCCAACGCCUUCUACGACGAGCUGGCGGAUAUGGCGGCGGCCGAAGCCCCCCACGGGAUCCCUCCGGGCCUUAGCCAGACGUACGGGCCGAGCGGCGGUACGUCUGGCAGCUCGUCGAGCGUCAGCUGGGGCUCGUCGCCGGCGCCGCAGGUGGCCCAGCCUGUGCAGCAGGAUCUGUACGCGCGGGGCCCGUUCCUGCCGCGGCUGAGCCUGCAGCGCUGCGUGCAUGCGAGCAAGAAGCUGCUCGACAUCGCCAAGAACCGGCACGGCAAGGUGGUCAACCCGAACCCGUUCAACUGCUGCAGCUUUGUGCUGAUCAGCUUUGUGCUUCUGAUGCAGGCGCUGGCGGUCCACGGCGGCUUCGGCAGCGUCGACGGUUCCGAGGGCGACGAGGGCGACGACGACAAUGUCGAGGGCAACGGCGAUGGCGCUGGCAUGGAGCUCGAUGACGGCGGUUUCCAAGGCAGCCGCGACAGCCCGGCCGGCGGCGGCUACAGCCAUGAGCUGAUGCAGUCUGGCAGGUCCGCCCACGCGCUCGAUGCAGGCGCCGUCGGCAGCAGCGAUGGCGGCGACGGCAGCUCGUUGGGCGGCUACGGUAUGGACGCGUCUUCGGACCCAAUGCGUCAGGCGCAGCUGCGCGGCAUCUGGACGCGCGUGCGGGAGGCGCGCGACACGCUCAUCGACCUGGGCAAGCACUGGGAAGCGGUUAUCCCCAUGGCCGACGAGGUCAACCUCUGCCUCGAGACGUCCCAGCUGCUGCUGAGCUCGUAG